UCUCUUCUAGUUCGUUAUUUAACUCCAGGAACUUCAUCACGGUGGCGAAACUUUCAACGAAUGUUUGAAGAGUUUCUGCUUCGGAAUCCGAGCAGCGGAUGAACAUAGUUCAAUGCAAUAUGGGAAGUUUAUUCAAUAGCCUUUAAACUCAGGUAACAUGGCAUUAAUCUGUCUUGUAAAGUAAGUAUUUAAUUACAACAGAGUUUGACAUGUUUGACAACAGUUCAUUCAGCAUGAAUGAAUGAGUCUUUCAGUCUCUGAACGCGGUUGAAUCGAGCGAAAAUGGAAUCGAAGUCAGUGGACGGAGAGGUGAAUGAUAAUACAUAUUUCCCCAAAACAGAUUCGGCUGAUGCUAAGGUGACUUUUGAACAGCGCAACACACCGCCGGAAACGCGUUUAUAUAAAAAGAGAUGGGUCAUAGUGUUUUUAUUCAGCUCGUAUUCGCUGUGUAACUCCUAUCAAUGGAUACAAUACGGAAUCAUCAACAAUAUCUUCAUGCGCUUCUACAGCGUGGACUCUUUCACCAUUGACUGGAUGUCCAUGAUUUAUAUGUUGACGUACAUUCCGCUUAUUUUCCCCGUCUCGUGGCUCUUGGAUAAAAAAGGGCUGAGGGUCAUCGCGCUCGUGGCCGCAGCUCUGAAUUGCACGGGCACGUGGAUCAAGGUGGCCAGCGCGAGACCGGACCUUUUCCCGGUGACAUUUUUGGGUCAGUUCAUAUGCUCAGUGGCUCAGGUGUUUAUCCUCGGGAUGCCCUCCCGCAUCGCAUCAGUGUGGUUCGGAUCGGAAGAAGUGUCCACUGCGUGCUCCAUCGGGGUCUUCGGAAAUCAGGAAAGGCAGGCUGUGACGUCACUGGCAGAGAGAGGGGACAGUUGCUCAACCUCUCCAGAAUGUGUACAGUUGGGGAUCGCCAUAGGCUUCCUCGUUCCUCCUAUGCUGGUUCCUAAUGUGGACGAUCUGGACGAGUUAGCGGCUCACAUCAGAGUCAUGUUCUACAUCACAGCCGGAGUGGCCACCUUCCUGUUUGUGUUGGUUGUCAUUGUGUUUCAGGAGCGUCCGGAGAUCCCUCCCACCCAUGCACAAGCCGUGGCUCGGAGGAUCUCUCCAGAGAGCUACUCAUAUACAGCAUCGAUCCUCAGGCUGCUCCGUAACAAAGCCUUCAUGCUCCUCGUCAUCACUUAUGGGCUGAAUGUCGGCUGUUUCUAUGCUGUCAGUACGCUUCUCAACCAAAUGAUCAUUGAACACUAUCCUGGAGAGGAGGUGAACGCCGGCAGGAUCGGCCUCACCAUCGUGAUCGCUGGCAUGGUGGGAUCUCUCAUCUGUGGGAUCUGGUUAGACCGAUCGAAGACAUACAAACAGACAACACUAGCCGUGUAUCUGAUGUCGCUUGUGGGUUUGGUGCUUUAUGCUUCUACCUUGGAUCUUGGUCACUUGUGGGUGGUCUUCAUCACAGCAGGAACCCUCGGGUUCUUCAUGACGGGUUACCUUCCCCUCGGUUUUGAGUUUGCUGUUGAAUUGACUUACCCAGAGUCUGAAGGGACGUCUUCAGGACUUCUCAACUGCUCUGCACAGGUAUUUGGGAUCAUAUUUACAAUCUGUCAGGGGAAAAUCAUGGACUCGUUUAAUACCCUGGCCGGAAAUCUCUUCCUGUGUGCCUUCCUGCUGAUAGGAACCAUCAUUACAGCUUGUAUCAAGUCAGAUCUGCGCAGACAAUUGGCAAACCAGCAAGCACUGGCAGCUGCAGCAUUGUGCAGGUCAGACGUUCAAGGAUCACAGUUGGACGUCUCUCCUCCCCUUAACACACAUGUGAUCAAUCAAUCACCGCAUGAUUUUAUUGCUCACGGUGGUUCAGGUCCGUAUGGAAGCAUCAGUGGCAGAAGCUUUUGAAGCCAAACUCUAACCUGAUCGCAGGACGGAUCGAGUGUGUGUGUGUGUGUGUGUGUGUGUGUGUUUGUAUUUGAAUUAAGUCCAGUGUUUAUACCAGCCAGGGAAUGAUCAGGUGUUUGUUUGUAUGGUGUGAUCAUUUCUUUGUUUACUUGAUCACUAAUCAUCUCAAGUAGGAUAUAUUCUAAUUAUUUCACUAGUUUAUCAAUUGAUUAUUUAAAUUAUUGUUAACAUUUCAAAUGUCCUAUUUCUCUAUAAACUACUUUGCAUUGAGAGUUUUGGGGGAAAAAUCCUACGAUAAAUGUGGAGCAUUUCAUGAACUUCAUAGAAACCAAAGUUCAACACAUUUAAAAAUACUGUGUUGGUUUCAAUCAGUGCAGUAAUGAGUACUGAAUAA